AUGGCAGAAACUCCAAAGAAAAAAGGCCACAUAGUGAUGAUACCAUUCAUGGCACAUGGUCAUCUAAUUCCCUUCCUAGCACUAGCAAGAAAAAUCCAAGAAACAGCACCAUCCACCUUCACAAUCACCAUAGCCACCACUCCUCUCAACAUUCAAUAUCUCAAAUCUGCAAUUUCCACAACCUUUUCUGAUAUCUCAAUCCAUCUUGCAGAUCUACCUCUCAACCAUAGCCUAUAUGGUUUACCACCAAACAUAGAGAACACAGAGAAACUUCCUUUAACUGAUAUCAUCAAACUCUUUCAAGCUUCAACAAGCCUUGAAGCUCCUCUUAGCUCUUUGAUAUCAAAGAUCACAGAACAGGAGGGUCAACCUCCAGUUUGUGUUAUAUCAGAUGUGUUUCUUGGUUGGGUUGUCAAUUUUGCAAAGAGUUUAGGGUUCCCUCAGAACUACAGAUUUCAUAGAACUCAGCUGCAUAGAUAUCUAAGAGAUGCUGAUGGAACUGAUAGCUGGUCAAAAUUCUUCCCUGCACAGCUAGCAUUUUCUAUGAAAUCUGAUGGGUGGAUUUGCAACACUGUUGAGGAGAUUGAGACUUUAGGGCUGCAACUAUUGAAGAACUAUCUUCAACUUCCUGUUUGGAAUGUUGGUCCCCUUCUUCCGCCCAAGGGUUCGAAUUCAAAGUACCGUGCGGGAAAAGAAUCCGGGAUAGCUCUUGAAGAAUGCAUUGAGUGGCUUGAUUUGAAAGAUGAGAAUUCUGUUCUUUACAUCUCUUUUGGAUCACAGAACACUGUAAGUGCUUCACAAAUGAAGGCUUUGGCCGAAGGUUUGGAAGAAAGUGGAGUUUUUUUUAUUUGGGUCAUUAGGCCACCUUUCGGUUUCGACAUUAAUGCAGAGUUUAAGGCAGAAUGGUUACCAGAAGGAUUUGAAGAGAGAAUGAAACUUAGCAAAAGGGGUUUGUUGGUGCAUAAAUGGGGACCUCAGUUGGAGAUUCUGUCACACAAUUCAACAGGAGCAUUUCUAAGUCAUUGUGGAUGGAAUUCUGUUUUGGAGAGUCUUAGUCAAGGAGUGCCAAUUAUUAGUUGGCCACUUGCAGCAGAACAAGCAUACAAUGCAAAGAUGUUGGUGGAAGAAAUGGGUGUGUGUGUGGAAUUGACAAGAACUGUUGAAAGUGUGAUUUCUAAGGAUGAUGUGAAGAGGGUUAUAAAAAUAGUUAUGGAUCAAGAAGGGAAGGGAAAAGAUAUGAAGGAGAAGGCAAAACAGAUUGCUCUACACAUGAAAGAGGCAACAGUAGAAAGAGGUGAAGAAAAGGGGUCUUCAUUGAGAGCAAUUGAUGAUUUUGUUAGAACCAUUUUACAAAUAUAA